UGUUGACGAAAAUAUUGAUAUUAUUUGUUUUCAACAAACAUUAUUACUCUCUGGAACAUGUAUUGGUAAGUGGGUGGGAUUUACACCCUUUACCCUGUGUUUUUAUAUUUUUUCUUUAUUAUAAUAAGUUCAUGAGUUUAAAAAAAGUUGUCUAACACGAAUACCUGCAUCACGAAGUCUCUUGAGAACAGUUUCAACAUUUUGAACAUGAUGAGCAUCAUCUUCACCAGAGAUCAGAAUGUCAUCCUGAUAUCCACGUCAUUGGAAUCCCUUGAAGGAGAUUAUUCAUACAUCGUUGAAAGAUUGCUGGAGAUGAAGAAAUUCCAAGCGGAAGUCUAUUGCAACAAAAUAGACCACAGACCAGACUGCACCAGCCCUCCUAUCGUAGCAAAUAGUAAUGAAUUAUUUGUGCGAUCAACAGCUUCGACAACGUAUGGAACGAACUUACGGUAUAAAUGCAAACCAGGAUUUGCAUCUGAAAAUGGUGUCACGUCCAUCACCUGUGGUGUAGGCGCCACGUGGACAAGCAUAGCUUAAAAAUUCAUCCGAUCAUGUUCUGAAAUGAAGGCAUGUAACAGUCAGUACGGAGACGGUGAAUACUGGAUUAGCCCAGCUCCUUAUGGAACUACAAAAGCGAAGAUUUACUGUCACGGUAUGAGCAGUAGUACACCCACCGAAUAUGUGACUUUGAAUAAGGAAAACAAAGGAUACUACCCAGACAAGUCGAACAGAGAUUGUACAAGAGAGACAUCUAUUUCAAGUCAGUCUUCCGAUCGACCAGGAGAGACUAGCUACUCCAAAAUUCGAGUUGAUAUUCAGACAAUUGAAGUGGAUCGAGCAGACAGAACAUUUGCAACGACAAGUUCUGACAAUCCACUAAAUUACGGUGAAGCAGGCGAUUGCUACGCGCAGCAUUGGAACAGUAUCAGAGCUAGCUGUGGGCCAUUAGGAACAUUCACUAUAGACACGGGAGGAACCGGACUAAUUGUUGACAAAACGCACCACUCGGCUGGAGUGCAGUCAUUCCCACCUGUUCGUAAAGUUCCAAAGAUUCAGAUCGGUAGUUUGUCUCGAUGACGUUUGAAGCCACCAAUCAUUUUGAUAUUGCACUGCGUACGGACAUGCUGGUUACCCCCACAGCAAAUGCAUCCAAAUGUCUUUACUGUGUCACUUUGUCGCCGUAUCGUAUUUCUUAAAUCAGUCUUUAUACUGUCGACUUGCCCAGUUCUGUUUCUGUUCAAACCUAAUCCUAAUUUUUCAGUCAAUUCAGUGUAUAUUUAACACAGUUCGUAUUAAAUCGGCAGUAUUCGGAAUAUUUUUAUUAUUUAAGCAUAUAGAACAGAAAAUCCAAUUACGUUUGGUGCAUAUAUGACGCC